AUGACCUCUCCUCGUCGAUUGCGCAUGAAGCGAAAGCAUCCGUCCUGCAAACCGUUGUUUUGGGCGUUGGUGUUUGGUGUGACUGCCUUUUGCACCAUCACCAGCAUGUCCCAGCUGCUGGUGGGUCAAGAGGAUGAUGAGACUAAUAAUGAGAGACGUCUACAAGAACCACCAGAUUCCUUUGUGGAUCUUUGGCCCAACGAUCGGAAUGAAGGCUAUCGGAAGGCUCUUCAGAGCUCCACUGUACUCAAUACUAAUGAUCUCCAACUAGAAAAGUUGUCCAGUAACAACAGCAACAAAAGACGAGUGGCACUGGUGCGUCCCAUUGGAAGACUGGGAGACGUCUUUGUGGAAUUUGUCACUCGAGUGGUACAAAAGUAUCACAAUAAACAAGAUGCCGACAGCAGCAUUGAAUUGGUUCCAGUGCUUCCAUUAUCAUCGGACGUGAUGGACGAUUUUUCCUUGGCCAUUCGACUGACCACCUUGCCAGUGGUAUUGCAAGCCGCGGAUAUUGCAUUGACGCUAUCUCAUAAUCACUCACCUCCACUCCUACUACUAGAUGACUUGAUGGACUUGAUGAGAUACGAAAUGCGAUGGCAGUGUCAUCUUCAAACCACUCUACAUCUCCCUCUCUUGACCAUUACACUGGAUCGUCUCAUGGGAUUUCCCACCAAAACGAUACGACAAGUACUCCAGUUUUUGAACUUGGACGAUGAUGACGAAGAAGAAACACCACCAGCAAAAGACAGCAGCAAACACAAUAGUAACAACAAGCAUUUACGAAUCGAUAUGGAUGAUUUGGCCUUGAUUGUCAUGGAUCGGGUCAAUGGGGGAUCGGCACUGGUGCAACAAUUGAUUUCUACAACAACAGCUCAAAGUGACAACACACAAGAAGAUCCUGAUCAAGCUGUUGUGCUGCAGCUAGACCAAGUAGUGGAGGAGGAGAUACAACGGUUUUCUUCCACUUCGGAUGGUAAUGCCUGUUUGCCACUUCCGACAUACACCAAUGACGUCCUGGAAAAAGAGUUGAAAAAGACUACCAGCGGGCAUCAAAAGAAUGCAAGAUGA